AACAGUGUGAAGAUCAAUCGCUUCAGCAGGAGUUUUUCUCUGUGUUUGUGAGGAGAAUAACCAACAGAAAGAGCUCAGGUGAACAGUGAAGCGAGACGUGACCCCAUUACAAAUAUGUCCAGUAUUAAAGAGGAGAGUGAAGAGGUGAGGAUUGAACAAGUCUUCACAAUAAAGCAAGAAGAUCCCGAGGAACAAACAGAUUUGACCUUUCGAUCUCCAGCCCAGAGCUGCACGGAAAGCUCUUCCGAAACCCGGAGGAAAACCUACUGGAGAAGAAUGGAUGUGGAGGGUUUAUUAUCGCUGGUGUCUGAGAGGAGAGAACUUUUUGACCAAAACCACAGCGACUACAAGCACAUCGACAAAAGAGAAGCCCUGUGGCUGGAGAUCGCAGAGAAAAUAGGAUUUCACGUGGACGAUGUCAAAACCAAGUGGAAAAACCUACGAGACACGUACAUAAGGAAAAAAAGAGAAGAUCAGUGUAUUGGCGAACAGGCCCCCAAAAAGAAGAAAACCUGGAAGUUUAUGAAGAUGAUGGAGUUCCUCGCCGCUACGUCAGAACAACGAAGAGUUCACAGCAGUGUGAAGGAGUGUGCCGAUGAAGUGGGAGACGGCAGCGAGAGUGAACAAAGCCUCAGUAUUUCGGUGGAAUCUGCUGCCAGUUCCGAGCCUGUUCUGGCCAACUCCAAAAAACGCAAACGCUCCGUGACUCCAGACUUUGUGGAAAAAUACCUGGCAGCAAAGGAGGUUCGGGACAGAGAGCGAGAGGAACGCAGGAAGCAGCGCAUGGAGGACGACAUUAGCUUAUUCCUCAUGAGUUUGGCGCCAGUGAUCAGAAGACUGUCCCCGUCAAAGCAAUCGUCCGUGAAAAUGCGCUUUCAUCAGGUCUUGCAUGAGGUCGAGUACGGACUUCCAGACGUUCGCCGUUCUCCAUCUGCACAGCACUGUCCUGAGUCCAACCACAGAGCGCCGACUCCUGAUACUCCACCAGUAUGAGCGCACAAUCAGCUUCACAUACUCUAUUCCUGUGUUCCUGGAGGCACACCAACAGUACAGAUUUUGUAUGUCUCCCUUAUGUGACCUAUUGACUCCACGUUUUGGGGUCACUUCUAAUAUUCUGAUUAGUUGAUUCGUUGUUGCUUGAUUUAGAAAGACGUUGAAAAUGUGGACUUUUGGUGGUGUGCCUUCAGGAACAGGUUGGGAAACACUGGUUUAUUCAGUAUUGUUUUAUUUUAAUAUAACUCUCCUAUAUUAUUAUAAUUGGUUUUAGUAUUCUAUAUUUAUCCAGUGAACAACUUUCUAAUGUUUUUAUACCUCAGAUUUUACUAACAUUUAUUUACACUUGCACAAAUAAAUGCACAGUGUUGUCGAAAA